AUGGCCGAGGGCAUGAUCAUACAGGGAGAUGUCUUCCUUGGCACAUCGAAGGCUAGGACAGGAGCGCUAGCCAUGAUAGCAGGAGGAGGAACAGUCGAAAAUGGAAGGAUAACAGGAACAGCAGCAGUUGGGACAGCUGCGGCAGUUGUUGCAGUUGAGUCGGCGACGGCAGCUGCUGCAGGAGGUGCGGCUGUUGCCGCUGCUGGAGAUGUGGAGGCGGUCGUUGCUACAGAAGGUGCGGCAGCUGCUGCUGCAGGAGAUGCUGCGGCGGCUGCUGCUGAAGAUGCGGCAGCUGCUGCUGCAGUAGAUGCUGCGGCGGCUGCUGCUGAAGAUGCGGCAGCUGCUGCUGCAGUAGAUGCUGCGGCGGCUGCUGCUGAAGAUGCGGCAGCUGCUGCUGCAGUAGAUGCUACGGCGGCUGCUGCUGAAGAUGCGGCAGCUGCUGCUGCAGUAGAUGCUGCGGCGGCUGCUGCUGAAGAUGCGGCAGCUGCUGCUGCAGUAGAUGCUGCGGCGGCUGCUGCUGAAGAUGCGGCAGCUGCUGCUGCAGUAGAUGCUGCGGCGGCUGCUGCUGAAGAUGCGGCAGCUGCUGCUGCAGUAGAUGCUGCGGCGGCUGCUGCUGAAGAUGCGGCAGCUGCUACUGCAGUAGAUGCUGCGGCGGCUGCUGCUGAAGAUGCGGCAGCUGCUGCUGCAGUAGAUGCUGCGGCGGCUGCUGCUGAAGAUGCGGCAGCUGCUGCUGCAGUAGAUGCUGCGGCGGCUGCUGCUGAAGAUGCGGCAGCUGCUGCUGCAGUAGAUGCUGCGGCGGCUGCUGCUGAAGAUGCGGCAGCUGCUGCUGCAGUAGAUGCUGCGGCGGCUGCUGCUGAAGAUGCGGCAGCUGCUGCUGCAGUAGAUGCUGCGGCGGCUGCUGCUGAAGAUGCGGCAGCUGCUGCUGCAGGAGAUGCUGCGGCGGCUGCUGCUGAAGAUACGGAAGGAGCCGCUGGAGAAGAUGCAGCAGCUGCUGCUGUUGUAGAUGCAGCGGCGGCUGCUGCUGAAGAUGCGGCAGUUGCCGCUGAAGAGGGUGCAGUAGUUGCUGCUGCUGGAAAUGCAGCGGCAGUUGCUGCAGAAGAAGCGGCAGUUGCUGCUGCUGAAAAUGCAGCGGCGGCUGCUGCAGACAAUGCGGCCGUGGAUGCUGCAGGAAAUGACGCGGCGGCCGCUGCAGAAGGUGUGGCUGCGGCUGCUGCUGGAGAUGUAGCGGCGGCUGCUGCAGAUGGCGCGGCGGCUGCUGCUGCUGCAGCUGCAGUGGCGACCAGGCCGCAAACCGGCGGCAACAAGGCCGCGAAUCGGCGGCGACGAGGCCGCGGCCGGGCGGCAGCGACGCCGCAAAAGGCGCGACAGAGUCACGACACGGCCGUGGAAAAAAAAAAAAAAAAAGGGAGGGGGGGAGGCCGUGAGAGAGUCGCGCGGGGCCAACAAAGGGGCCGGGAAAAACGAAGAAAGAAACGGCCGCAACUGGCCGUCGAGGAGAAAGCGCCCGUGGCGCGACUAGGGGAAACGCAAAGCGCGCUCCGGGCAGAAAAAAUUUCUUAA